AUGAGAUGGGGUCAUAAAGCUAAUCCGGAUAGGUGGUUCAUAAACUUACAACCACAAUUCCAAGAAGUUGUAGACGCAAUGGAAGUGAAUGGUGAACCAGAUAUAGCUGGUAUUUUCAGCGCGGCUUUAAUGCCAUUGAAAGAUAUGAAAGAUGCAGAUAUUUUGAACCAGUAUGAAAUGAACAUGGCUGAUGGAAAUAUAACACCUGACGUUCUAAAACAUUUAUCUCAAAGAACUACACAGAACCAUAGAGAUGGUAUAUUUGGUGAAGAGUUUAGAAAGACAGUUAGGGAGAGAGAAGGAAGAGAACCUAUUGUACAUGACCUUGCAAACGAAAGUUUACAAAAUGUCAUAAAAACUUACUUUGCAGACAAUGAACCGAGAAGGGAUGAAUAUUUAAGAAAACUCAAAUGGACAGUACCAAAUGAAAUGUUAGUAUUGAAAAACAUGUUCCUUGACAAAAUAAAACCAACUACAGAAAUAAAUGACGAAAGACUGAAACAUUGGGUAAAAGCUUUCCCAUUCACAAAAGAUAUUAUUGGUAACAUGGAAAGAAAACCAGAAUGGCUACAAAAACAUAUAUUUGGAAACGAGCUUAUUCCAUAUGGACAAGCUCUGUUUGAAGAGCUUGAACCGGAAACUCAGGAAAGAGUCAUGCAAACAAUACGCGAAGACUCAAAUACAAACUAUGACAAAAUCUUUCUAGGAUAUAGGUUACCUGAGAUGGGCGACCAGAGCCCAAAGGCAAAAAGGACAUGGGAAAUUUACAACAUACUAGGUGAACAUGAGGCAAAGAUGCAACAACUUGAAGCAGAGGGCAAGUUACCAAAAGCGACACCAAAGAAGAAGAGAAGAGUAGAACAAAGUGAAAGUAGUGAAGAAGUAACUUCAUCUAGUGAAAGUAGUGGCAAUGAAGGAAAAAGAAGAGUUAAAAACUCAGUCAGGAAGAAAGUAAAGCUUGGUCCGAGUGGGUUCUAUUAUGACAUAUAA